AUGAUAUGGAGGGGAUUGGAACACCUGAAUCACAUGAUAUGGAGGGGAUUGGGACACCUGAAUCACAUGAUAUGGAGGGGAUUGGGACACCUGAAUCACAUGAUUGGGAGGGGAUUGGAGCACCUGAAUCACAUGAUUGGGAGGGGAUUGGAGCACCUGAAUCACAUGAUUGGGAGGGGAUUGGAGCACCUGAAUCACAUGAUAUGGAGGGGAUUGGAACACCUGAAUCACAUGAUUGGGAGGGGAUUGGAACACCUGAAUCACAUGAUAUGGAGGGGAUUGGAACACCUGAAUCACAUGAUAUGGAGGGGAUUGGAACACCGGAAUCACAUGAUAGGGAGGGGAUUGGAACACCUGAAUCACAUGAUAUGGAGGGGAUUGGAGCACCUGAAUCACAUGAUUGGGAGGGGAUUGGAGCACCUGAAUCACAUGAUUGGGAGGGGAUUGGAACACCUGAAUCACAUGAUUGGGUGGGGAUUGGAGCACCUGAAUCACAUGAUAUGGAGGGGAUUGGAACACCUGAAUCACAUGAUUGGGAGGGGAUUGGAGCACCUGAAUCACAUGAUAUGGAGGGGAUUGGAACACCUGAAUCACAUGAUUGGGAGGGGA